CUCUGAUCGAGGCAUUCGCGGGUCCCGUCUCAUACCAGAUUCGUAUUCUCGGUGCUGUCCGAGUCUCUUUCAGGUUGAGCACCAGGCCGAGACCGAUAUUCUUUCCAGUCCGACGGAUGUCCUUCCCAUUCGGUUCUCUUUGUCGAGCCCAAUAUGGUAUCAGUCAGUAUUCUAGAGCCCCCACUCCUCACUAGCACCUGCUCGCUUAGAGUUGUGAGUCGACUGACUGUACUCUCCUCGUGUAAACGGAAACGGACUGAAAGGGAGUAAUGGAGACUCUUGCCUUCUUGAGAGGUGUCUAGACGGUGGAAGACUUUGCCAAUAAUUCGGGAAAUGGUUCGGCCAGUGGAAAACGGAGAACAGUCUCACUCUUUCAGUCUAUCAAGUGGAGGGACGUCUCGCAUCUUUCUGUGCUGCCAUGUGAAGCAUAGUAUGAGGACAAGAGGUAUAUAAGGGGGCCAAGUCUGAGUAUCCUCAAACCUCCUCAACAGCCGUCGUCAGUCCAGUCUGCUCAUUGACUUACCUUGCUCGUUUCCCCUUGACCACCAAGUGAAUCUGCUAUUCUCCUCAAGCAUUCAUCAUGGUGUCCUCUACCCUCGGAAAGGUUGCCAUCGUCGGCGUGGGUUUUGUCGGAGAAGCUCUCCUUCGAGAGUUCAGCCACGUACACCAUACCAUUGGCUUUGAUAUCUCCGAAGCUCGCAUCAAGGAUUUGCGCACAAAGUAUGCGGGUGAAAAGCGCAUGACCCUCACCACCGACGAGACGGCCCUUGACCAGGCUGCGCAUUUUCUCAUCUCAGUACCCACCUUGAUGAAGGCAGACCACUCCGUCGACGUGUCAUACCUUAAGUCAGCACUAUCAACAGUCUUCCGUCAUGCCAAACCAGGUAGCACCAUUGUCAUCGAGAGUACCGUUUCGGUCGGUACGACUCGCCAACUCUUCUCUUCUGUCCAACAACACUUCAACUGCGGCAUGUCACCAGAGAGAGUUGAUCCUGGACGCACCUUCCCAGCAGCCUGUGACAUUCCCAAGAUCAUUUCAGGCCUCACGCCACAAGCACUGGAGGUCAUCGAGGCCCUAUACUCCACAGUGUUCAACCAUGUCGUCCCUGUUUCCAGGCCCGAAAUCGCAGAAAUGACCAAAUUGUUCGAGAACUGCUAUCGAAUGAUCAACAUCGCCUACGCCAACGAGGUCAGCGAUGCUUGCCGGACACUUGGCCUGGACCCUCACGAGGUUAUCGACGCCGCUGCCACUAAGCCUUAUGGUUUCCAGGCUUUCCGUCCCGGUCUGGGAGUUGGUGGUCACUGUAUCCCCGUCAACCCGUCAUAUCUCCUCCAGACAUGCCCCAACCUACCUGUCUUGGAGCAAUCGACUAAGAUCAUGAGAGAACGCCCGCUCAAACUGGCAAGAGAACUCCACGCCCACUGCUGCUCGUCGACUCUUGCAUCAACCGACCUGCGCCCAAGGGUCCUCGUGGUCGGCGUCGGCUUCAAGCCUGGGCAGUCCGUCCUCUCGCACUCACCGGCCAUCGACUUCGCAAACGAGCUUCAGAACAGCGGCUGCGACAGGCUGGCAUUCUAUGACCCUCUGGUGUCGCAAGAGGCCGUCCCGUGGAUGGAGAAGCUCGAAGACGAUGCCUUCAACCCCUCGGAAUUGGCCGCCGAUUUCGAUGUCGUCGCUGUUUGCACCAGACAACACGGCGUCGAUUUCAACGUGCUACAACACCUCCCGACAGAAAUGGUCUGGUCUUAUGAUUAAAUUCAAAGGGCGACCGUGCGGAGUGUGUGACAUUAUGAUGGAUGAUUUGGGCGUAAAAGGUACAGCGGCUACGGCACACCUUGAGGCGUUAAACGUUUGGGGUUCGGGCGAAAACUGCAUGCAUGAUAAAGCACCAGCGUCUUGAAAAGCAUGGGAUUGAUAGAACCAGUUGCGACAUAUAGACGCAAUACAGUAAUAAGAUUACUCUCAUCAUCUCUGAUCAAGAA